GCGUGUAGUCUUUUUGUCUACACGUAGGUUGAAGCACAGAUUAUGUGAACCACCCGGACGAUGAAGAGACGAUAGGAUGGCAGGUUGACAUGAAUGAUUUUCACAAGCAUUGCAUUUGAAGUUUUGGGCUUGACCCACAUCAUUGUAUUUGUAUUAAUUAAGUUUUUCGUUAUCUCCGACAUUUUGUAAAAGGAUCGAUCCGAAUUUGAAUGAGUCAAGAAUCGACCCAUGGUCAGUACGUUCUGGAGCCGGAGCACGUGAGCGUGCACACGGGGAACACCGAGGGUUCGAGUUUCACGCCUCCGGGUGACGGAGGGCAGCAGCAGAAUCAACCUGAGCCAGCGGGACCGCCACCUGCUGUACCACCGCCAGUCGUACCACCUCCAGUGAUGCCACCGUUGGUGAUGCCGCAGGUGGCCUACGAGCAGAUGUUCCCGGCCAUGAUGGCCCAUUAUAUGCAGCACAUGGCGCAGCUUAUGCCCAUGUUCCAACCACCGCCACCACCACAGCCUCAGCCGCGCAUCGUUACCUUCAAGACAUUGAAGGAUAAUGGAGCGGAAGAGUUUCGAGGAGACAAGAUGGGGGAGCCCCAGAUUGCGUUGGAUUGGCUUGAGCAGAUGGACCGGGUACUCAAGAAUUUGAGAGUCCUUGAUGCUGAUCGCUCGGAGUUGGCGUCACAGAUGUUCCGGAAGGGAGCAUAUGAUUGGUGGAAGCGCAUUGACCAGGAUCCACUCAUGCCCAAGCCAUGGACCUGGGAUCGCUUUGAUCGAGCUUUCACGAAGGAGUACGUCCCCACCCGGUACCGCGAGGAGAGGCGCGAUGAGUUCGUUGCGCUUAAGUAGGAGGGGAUGUCACUGCCUGAACUGAGACAGAAGUUCGACUACCUGUCCCA